AAAUGCCCGCAGUUAGCCGUUGCGUCAUCGCACCGCGUGGAAUCGCGAAACCAUGGACAGGCUGCUUCGACGUCCCCCUCGAUAUCCAGUACACACAAAGAACUACGCGGACAAGACAAAUAUUCCUACAGUAUUACACACCAUCCAGCGGCUCAUCCACCGUAGAACCUUCUCAUCGUUCUGCGCCUGUGUCCAAAACAGCCAACCCACGCGUCGUACCCUCUACUCCAGCGCCUUCGUCCCACGUCCCUUCCCCUCCACACGUGUUAGUUCCAACUCGCUUGAUCGGCGAUCCACCCUUCACAACAUGUCUUCCGACGCAGACUACGCCGCUUUUCUCGACAAAGCAAAUCAAGACACCGGCUCGGCGGAGACCAAGGACGCGUCGCAGAAGAAGAGCUAUGGUACCAAGAGCGUAAACACUGCCGUGCCGAAGAUACUAGAACAGGUAGAAGAGUACUACGUUAGCGAUUCAGAUGAACCGUUUGAGCCUGUUGCGCUAGAAUUCAAGGGUGACAACGUAUCAGCUGAGGACCUGAAGUCACUCAUCGGAAACUCCAACGUGGAACAGGUUCAGAACACCGGCUUGGAAAGCCAAUACAAAAAGGUCAUGGAGGCGGUGAAGGAAGCCGGGAACGGCACCGUAAAGGUCUUCAGGGUGGAGCUCGAGGGCACGAGGGCAGAGUACUACGUUGUGGCAGUCGAUGACAAGAACGGCAGGAUCGUGGGCCUCAAAGCUCUUGCUGUGGAGUCGUAAGCUUGCAUUGCACACAGGAAAAUGAGAUGAACUAUGAUGCGCAAGACGGAUUGUACACAUGCCGAUCUACAUUGAACGAGUUGAGGUCAUGCGCGUGGGUGACCAUGGCGCGAAUAACGCCGUUUGAAACAUGAGGGAUGCUGGGAUAUGGUGGAUAGUCGACGAGGGACUGCUGACAGAUGGUGGAGCGUGCAGGCUAUGAUGCGACGUCAGAAAUUCAGUUCUGGUUCAAGCUUUUCGGUCAUCGUAGAUCUGCGUGUUCAACGUUCCGGGUAUUGAUUCGAUCAGCCCUCUCGGUUUGGCACAAUACUCGCGGACGUUGGAUAACAACCACAAUUUGAGUCAUGUGUAUGGUACAAGACUGUUGAUCUGUGUAGCUGCAUCUCUACAAUGUACGAUGGUCAAUGCUUUGGG